AGUUGCGGCGGCGCGCGGCUUCCUCCUGAGAGUCAGGCAGUGCCAGAGAACACCGGCGGUCGCUCACGCACUCUCCCGCUCAGGAGGUCCACUUGGCAACAUUUGAGCGGCCUCUUUCCUGUAGGCAACGCGGACACUGACCAAUGUCGGACGGCAACGAAGACGUCCCGGCGUCCGAGGAGACGCUGGUGGAAGAGCAGGAGGUUCAGGACAAAAUGAUCAAUCCAGAGAAAGCAGAGGAGGCCAAACUGAAGGCCAGAUACCCAAACUUGGGGAAUAAACCUGGUGGCUCCGAUCUACUUCGUAAACGCCUACAGAAGGGGCAAAAGUACUUUGAUUCAGGCGACUACAACAUGGCCAAAGCCAAGAUUAAGAACAAGCAGCUGCCGACAGCGGCAGCACCCGAGAAGACCGAGAUUACGGGGGACCACAUCCCCACCCCCCAGGACCUGCCCCAGAGGAAACCCUCCCUGGUGGCCAGUAAACUGGCAGGCUGAUGGCGCCCUGCUUGCACCCCCAUCUACUCAAGAGCUUGUAAAAUUAUUUCUCCUGUCCCCUCACAGGACCACCCGUUUAGCCACUCAGCAAGAAUGCCUUGCUACCUUUCAAAUUCUCUUUACCUUUCCCAGACGCCAGCGGCUGCUUUCCUGUUCUUGUCUCCCACCCUCAUUGCCCCCUCCUUGCCAUGUAUAUUUCCAUUUGUCUCUUAUUCUUCUCAUGUAAGAUACACUGAAAGACAGUACGUCAAUGAGAGCUAAAUGCCCCAAGGCGUGGAAGUGUGUGUUUGUGUAUAUAGUAUAUUUCAUUUUGUUAGGCAGGAGGGCAGACAUCAGCUUUGUCGUAUUUUGCGUCCCACUUGUAUUGUAUUUUUGCCUCAAUCCAGUGUUUUUUCCCAAUUUAGAAAUCUAGUUUUUCUCUAGAUUCCGAACUUUCUGAAACACAUCGUACAAUUAAACCUCGGUUCACAAGUAAGUCCGUCCACAAAAAAAUGUUUGAAGAAAUAUUACCUAGGUUUUACCCACUGUGUGUUUGGUUGAUUAACAUACGUGGCAUCAAUGCGAAACGCUCAGUUGUGCUUUCUUGCACACAUCGUGAAUGUCGGCUGUUUGAUGAAGCCACCAAAACUGCCUUUGGCACAGGCACCCAACAAAAAAGUCGUUUUUGAAAGAAAAAGGUAAUCCCAAAAUGGAACCUGCUUGUUGAAGAGCAGCGAGGGCAAGGCUCUCAUGAAUCACAACAAAUAGAUUCAGCAUAAUUGUGAGUUGAAUAUGUAAUCAGUCAUUUUUUUUGUUUCAAUUCUGGGCUGUCAAAUUAUGACAGUGUGAAACCGGUCCUUGGUACAAAUAAAAUUUGGGGACUGCGAAUGUUGGGCCCCAGAUUAAAAAAAAAAAUCGGUAGGAUACACACACGUGCAGAAAUUACGGCAUUUUCAGAAUUGUUGAGGCACCCUCAAAAAUUCCUGGAAAGAAUAAAGUAAUUGCAA